GCACCGCUUAAACCGCACCAACUUAAAAAGAAAAUCUCUCUCUCUCUCUCUCAAAUCCCUAAAAUCGCCGCUGCCAUGGCCAAAACUCCCUAAAAUCGCCGUGGCCAAAACUCCCUCGUCGCCGUUUUCAGUCCUCGCCGGAGUCCGUUUACUUUCGUCGCCGUUUUCAUCUCGUUGGUUUCAUCGUCGAGCUACUCUCGUUGCUCCAGAAAUCGAGCCCAAUCUCGCUAACCGGAGCUUUCUAGGGUUGGUAACUGCCAAGGAAGAAUUUCAUGCUAUCUUGGGGGUACCCACAUUCUGAUAUUCACUUUUUAUGUGCAACCAGUAACUUCCAGUACUAUUUCAUGAACAAUGACUAAAGGAUUGGUAGCCCGACAGGAGUGGUACACGUUGAAAGCAAGUGCAAAGAAUAAGGAAAGUCGAAACAGUCAAACGCUCUUGCACACAGCGGGUUCAAAAAGUUUCGCAAGAAUUCGCCGAGAUAUGGUAAUCAUGAUGUUUAAGAAACAAAAGGAUGUCCUGUUUCCUGCUUUACAAGAGACUGGGGAAAAUGUUAUUUGGACUUCUAGGCUUAUUUUUGGAAAAGGAGAGCGGAGCUUAAGAUAUGCAGAGGACUUUCAGUUAUUGAAGGAAAAAACAGCGAAAUUAGAAGAACAAUAUGGACAUCCCAAGAAUAGCUUCCUUCAGAGUCGCCAUCCACCCAGAGCUUUUUCUAGUGCUGAAGGCAGAACAAAUUAGAGGGGAUAUAAAGACUUAAAUAGGAGAAUGCGGUCAAGAUAGCUUUGAUAAAUGAAUCUUUUGGAACAGACUUGUACAUGUGAAUUUAUCAUAUUUUGAUGGUUGUGAAUUGAUCAUAUUUUGAUGGGUUGAAGUUGUAUUGUAACUACUUAUUUUUGAAUGAUGGGCUUAAAACAUAUGAAUGUUUCAUUAUUUUUUAUUUUGAUGA